CUUGACAAUGGAACAUUUAUGCGCGUAUUCUACAUCAUCGAGGACGUACAGACCGACGACAUAAAACUGCGCGGUCUACUAUUCAAACGGGAUAAGUCUCUCGCUCCGGCGCUGCCAAGGCGACUCAACGAAGUGCAUCUGGUUGUGUCAUUCGACGAGGAUGACCUUCGUCCUUGGUAUGAGCAAGGACUUGAGGAAGUUGAACUUGGCAACGUUGUCAAAAAGCGGCGUCUCGUACUAACCAGCCGCCCCUUCCCGGAGCAGAGCUUCAGGGAACAUCGCUACUUUUCUUCGACGGGUGCCGACGCAAAGAAACACCAGAAAAAAAUUUAUGAAACCGAGAACCUCGUUUGCCGCAAUCUUUUUGCAUCGAUCUACGCACCCGGAGAACGUGCCAAAAAUCGGCGCAAACCUUACCAUGGAAUACUACGCCCUCUCUUGCCGCACGAAGACGACGCAACCGACGCAGCACUCAAAGAGCCGGGUUGCUACCGCGUUGAUGUGGAUAUCGGUGGCAAUGCUACCGUUCCUGCCGAUAACAACAACGGUCCGCAUGUCACUAAAUACCCCUCAAAAGCUAGGAAAUACACAAUGGCAGACACGUUCAUGGGUGCUGGAGGCGCCAGCAGUGGUGCUCGUCAAGCAGGCUUGCUGGUGGUAUAUGGAUUCGACCAUAACGAAGAUGCCGUCGCAACGGCAAGAGUGAACUUCCCGACAACCAAGGUGUAUCAUAUGAGCGCCCAAGACUUCAUUCAGCAGGUGCUGCUCGGUCGGCAUGUUGAUAUCCUGCAUAUCAGCCCCCCGUGUCAGCCAUAUUCGCCCGCCAACACCAAUCCAUCCGUGGAGCGCGAUGAAGAGAACACCGCGGCCCUCUUCUGUGUGGAGGAGCUGAUCAAGAAGAUCAAGCCCAGGAUUGUCACUUUGGAGGAGACUUUUGGCUUGAUGACCUAUGAGAAACAUGAACUUUGGUUCCAGGGCUUGUUGGCCAUGAUCCAACGCAAAGGGUACAACAUCCGUUGGGGAAUCUUGGAAUUUAACAAGCUCGGCCUCGCCCAACCUCGCCGCCGGUUGGUGAUAUUUGCUACUGCACCAGGCAUUCCGCUUCCCAACUUCCCCAAACCGACCCACGGAGAACCGGGCUCAGGCCUCAUCCCUUUUAGGACAAUUCAUGACACCAUCGGCAAUCUCCCUCCGAACCUAGAUUUGCACGAUAUCUAUGAGACAAAAGCCCGCUCAUACGCGCCUUACAAUGCACAUGAACCCCUCAAGAGAACCAUUCUUACAAACGGAGAUCCGGAUCUGUACCAUCCAAACGGCCGCAGGGACUUCACGCUCCGCGAAUUGGCUUUGUUGCAGGGCUUCAAGAGGAACUUCAAGUUCGAAGGAGGAAAGACCUCAAUCAAGAGGCAGAUCGGCAAUGCUUGCCCGCCGUCGGUCAUGAAGCUCCUAUACCAGGAAUGUAUCAAGGUAUUGGAGAAGGUAGAU